AUGGCCCAAGCCAUUCUAGCCUAUGCUAUGUCUACCAUCCAGCUUCCUAAAGUGAGCAACUUGACGAGUCAACUCGCAGAUUUUGGUGGAAUUCUAAAUCUAAGUUGGAGGGCGAAAUACAAGAUCCGUAAUAACUGGCUGACUCAUUCCUAUAAUGGACAUGCUUCCCCAUUUUGGAAAAACUUGUUGGGUGUUAAGCACAUCAUCGCCAAGGCCGAAUGUAUUGUUUUGGGCAGUGGAGAUUCUAUUAGAAUAUGGUCUGAUCCUUGGAUCCCCGAUCUUCCAGGCUACAUUCCUUCCCCUAAGGUUGAUGCUAAUCCAGACUUGGCCUUGGUUGUGUCUCAGCUCUUGUCAUCGGAUCUAUGUAGAUGGGAUGUUCACAAACUGAACUAUUUCUUCAAUGAGACGGUGGUUGAUCUCAUUAUGAAAAUCCCCAUCCCAAUUAGCCAUUCUGUGGAUAGUUGGUCAUGGACUAUCACAAACUCGGGGUCUUUUUCAGCCAAAUCUGCUUAUUGGCUAUGCAGGGCAACCUCGUCCCCCUCGAAAAUUGAUGCUACUAGGGGUCAAAUAUGGAAAUCCAAGUUUCAUGAGCGCCUUAAGAUGCUUUUGUGGAGAAUUGCUACCAACGUGCUGCCUUCUAAAGAGGUAAUCAGUAGAUUUAAUGAGAAUAUUGAUAGUUGUUGUUCAUUGUGCGGUUUGACUACUGAGUCUUCCCUUCACCUAUUUACAAUUUGUGCUAUUGCUAAAGCUGUAUGGUUUCAAAGUCAGUGGGGGUUGAGGAUGGAAGAGAUUGGAUUUGAGUCCACUUCAGACUUUAUUGGCUUUCUCAUUUCUCCUCCGUUUGUGGACAAUCUGAAUCCUUGUCAAAGAGAAGAAUUUUUGCUGUUUGGCGCCAUCCUCUGUGAUGUUAUUUGGAAGCUUAGAAAUAGUUUCAUAUUUGAUUCUGCUGUGCCUAACUUGGAGGGAGUUUUGUCAAGGAUUUUUAGCCUUUUUGCUGAACAUAAAAAUUCAAAAGCAUCCUCUACUAGUCAUCUGGCCUCGCCCUCUCCUCAGGGUUGGUUUCCUCCCUCAAGGCUGGACAUAAAAAUAAAUGUAGACGCAGCAGUGGGUCCUCGCUUUUCUGACAUCGCUGUAGUUGUGAGAGAUUGGAGAGGGGAGUUGGUGUUUGCUGGCUCUAUGAAAGUGAACACGACCCUCCCUCUUCAAGCUGAAGCAGAAGCAGUUAGAUGGGCAAUCUCUUUAGUUCCUGCUCUGGAUGGUGAUUCUGUUCUUGUGGAGUCUGAUUCUCAAGUUGUUGUCCAGCUUCUAUCAAAUUUGACACUACCUCCUCCUUGGAGAAUCAGGUCGCUUUGUGUUGAUUUAAGUGGUUUUUGCCCGGACUGUCUCUCUUCUGUUGUUGUGAGAGAGUCCAGUAGGGAGUUGUAA